CAGCCCGCCCGCCAGCCAGCCCGCCCGCCAGCCCGCCCGCCAGCCAGCCCGCCAGCCCGCCAGCCCCUGAGCGUUGUCUACUUUGGAAAAGUUGUGUUUCCACGGCAGGAAUGUGAAGGCAGUUCACCGGAGUGCGUCGUGGGUCCGUAGCGCCAAGCAACAUGCUCACAUGGCUCGUUGUCCUUCUGCUCUGUGCGCCGGGACACGCGUCGCUGCCCCUGGUCAUCAACACCUGGGCCUUCCGGGACGCAGCGGCCGCAGCGUGGCGUGCCCUUCAGGCUGGUGGCGGCGUGCUGGAUGCGGUGGAGAUCGGCUGUGCCCGGUGUGAAGCGGAGCAGUGUGACGGCAGUGUGGGGUUUGGUGGGAGCCCAGAUGAGACUGGAGAGACCACUUUGGACGCCAUGAUUAUGAAUGGUAACACCAUGGAGGUGGGGGCUGUGGCCGACCUGAGAAAAGUGAAGAACGCCAUCGGAGUUGCCAGAGCCGUGAUGGAGCGCACCGAUCACACACUCCUGGUGGGGGAGUCCGCGACUGCGUUUGCUGAAAGUAUGGGCUUCAUUCCAGAGGAUCUGACUACCAACAAGUCCAUGAACAUUUUCACCCAGUGGCUGAAGGGCAACUGCCAACCCAAUUACCGUAAGAAUGUAAUUCCGGAUCCUUCCAAGUACUGUGGACCCUACAAACCCACAGCAACACCGGAGCCGAGCAGGAGGCCACGGCUCACUAACAUACACUCCCAUGAUACCAUAGGGAUGAUUGCUGUUGGUGAAGACGGUCAAGUAGCUGCAGGGACGUCAACCAAUGGAGCAAAUCACAAAGUUCCUGGCCGUGUAGGUGACUCCCCUAUUGCUGGAGCAGGGGCUUACGCAGACAGGUCAGCAGGGGGCGCUGCAGCUACUGGAGAUGGAGACAUCAUGAUGCGUUUCCUGCCCAGCUACUUGGCCGUGGAGCUGAUGAGAGCCGGGGCAGAUCCCUCGACAGCCUGCGCGAUGGCCAUUUCAAGAAUCAAGAGGCAUUACCCACAGUUCUUUGGGGCCGUCAUCUGCGCUAACACAACAGGCCAUUAUGGUGCAGCAUGUAACAAACGUCCUGGUUUCUCCCGGUUUCACUACAUGGUGUCAGACUCCCACACAGACCCACCACUUCUGAAGUCUGUGGACUGCUUUUGAAACUCACAUAGCCAUCCAUCCAUCCAUCCAUCCA